AUGCCUGUCUCAGCCAUAAGUGUUCUGCCCACUACGGCAUCAUCAACAUCAACAAUACGAAAGUCGUCUCUCGUCCCCGAGAAGAAGUAUAAAUGUCAGUUCUGUAAUAGAGCUUUCAGCAGGAGUGAACAUCGUAGUAGGCAUGAGAGAUCACAUACUAAGGAACGUCCUUUCAAGUGUAUGAAGUGUAGAAGUACCUUUGUGCGACGCGAUUUGUUGCUCCGACAUGACCGAACAGUCCACGCCAAAGACGGAGGUAUCCCUUUACAUAGCGACGUGAAGCGACGUGCCGGUCCAAAAGCAUCUGUUGUAUCGGGCUCAGCUAAAUCUUCCAUUGCUAUUGACACAUCGGCCCUCGAACAGAUCGAAGCCAGUAGCGAUGGAUUGGUUGACUUAGAGACCGCCGCUAUGUUGAUGACCGACCUUCACCACAAAGCUACUGCAGCAAUGCGCAACGCAGGCGUAGGCCCUUAUGAGAAUAGACCUGGAAUGGCUUUCUCUCAUAAUGGUACUCCGCUUAUGGAACCAUCCGUCACAUAUCCUUCCGGGGCGAUUUCGCUUCCUCAGGUACCGUGGGAUUCUUUUAUGCCGCAGUCUGUGACAGAGCCAAGGUCUCAUUCAAUUACCUCGGGUGCUUCUGGUUCCCAAGAUUCUCAGGCGUCUUUCACAAGUGGCGGUACGAUGCAGCCUCAUCCAAACCAGCUUCCACCCAUCGUUAAGCUCAAGGCGUCAUCCAGCUACAAUGGACUCGUCCCCGCGUUACAGUCGAUGAUUGAAUCGUUGCCACCCUCGGUCACUUCUACCCCCAAAUUGUCGCCAAUGCAACCUCGUUCUGAAGCAACAGCAACGAAGCCACCUCAAGUCUUGGGUGACGAGGAGCGUAACAUCAUCUUGGAUAACAUCCGUCGCCAUGAUAGUGAGCGAGCAAUUCCUGAAGGCUUUAGUUUUCCUCCAUUGGCAUCAUUGAAUCGCUUCCUCUCUACCUACUUCAGCUUGUUCCAUCAUCACCUUCCUUUCCUGCAUCCCUCGACCUUCAAACCCACGCAAGUUUCACCGCCACUGCUACUUGCGGUGUUAUCCAUUGGGGCUCUUUAUGCCUUUGAUCAAAAAUUCGCAUAUAUGAUGCACAUUGGUUCCAAGGUUCUUGUGAAUCAGUUCUUGCAAAACAAGGAAAACUUUAGUUCACGCAAGUGCCCGUUAUGGACCAUGCAAAGCUCGCUGCUCAAUAUGAUCUUUGCAAGCUGGAGUGGAGACCCAAAAGGAUUGGAAUGGGCUUGUUCGAUUAAGAGCUUACUCGCUAACAUGGUCGCCGGCAAUCAUUAUGAGCUCAAGCUUCGUACAGACGCCAGAGAAGGUGCUACACCAACCCGAUCUGAGUGGGUAGAAGAUGAAGGCUGUCGACGAACGUACUAUGCGGUAUACAUCUUCUUUGGCCUGCUGACACUGACCUACAACCAUACUCCUGCCAUCAGUUUCAACGAGUUUGAAGAUCUAAAACUCCCUUCAACCGAAGCGUUGUGGAACCUGAGCGUUUCUGACGAAGCUGUCUGGCGAGAACACCUCAGAGCUGCCGAGAUUCCCUCGUUUAUGGAAGCUCAUGACAAUCUGUUCCAGGGUGAAUCCCUACGCUAUAGUGCUUUCGCAACUCGUGUCAUGAUCAAUGCACUCUUCCUUGAGAUUUGGUAUCAUAAACGCAGUCCAGAAGCACUUCAAGAUAUGGUCUUAGAAUUCAAACUGCGACUUGCAUUAGAGACAUGGGAAAAUUCGCUUGAUGUUUGUGAACAGGAACUGGUUUCAGUUCCUCUCAACGCCCCUCACAAGGGACAUCCAUUGAUCUUCAACGCCAUGGCUCUAUUCCGUAAUGCUAAGGCUCGCCUUGAAGUGGACCUGAAGUCAAUCCAAGAGGUCUUGAGGUAUCACGACUCAUACGAAGUUGCCGCUGCCAUGUCAAAUGCUAGGGAUAAGGUAAAGCGAUCCAGUGAGAUGAUUAAGGUUAUCCAAGAGUGCUACAACUGCAUUGAAACUGCAGCCCUACAAGGGAUCCGUUGGGUUGCGAGGACUUCUGCUACGAACUGGAGUAUCGAGCAUCCUCUCUGUGGCUUGGAUCUCAUGAUCAUCCUCAGUUUGUGGCUUUAUCGCCUGGAAAAUGACGAGGAGGCCCCAACUGUGGAGGAAAAGGUCAUGUACAACAAGAUUCAAGCCCUCUUUGAACAUGAUUCUGUAGAUGGCUAUAGCUCCAAGCUUAGCUCCACAGUCGCUCGUGUCUGGGGUAGCAUGCUUGAUGAAGUUGUGGUGUGGGGAAUCACCAAACUUAUGGGAGAUUCCUUCCGACUUCACUCUCAGGCUCUCGUGGGCUAUGAGGAUGACAUCGAAGCUUCAGACGUGUCAACACCCUCCAUGAUCUCUCAGGGGAUGGAUGACGCCGACGAUAGCGUGUACUAA